CUUUUGCCCUUUGAUAAAUGAAUUCAGAGACAUUAGAACGAGUGUGCGUAGAUGGAAUAUGUCACUGUGAUUGGAGGCUUACUCUACAAGACUGCGUAGAGGAAAAAGCCAUGACGAUCAUUCAUGGCAUAAACGUUGGUAUCUCGGGCAUUACAGUGAUCUUGGGCACAGCGCUUUUAUGUCAUAGACUAUUUAUUAAAGGACAUCAACUAGUUGAUAUUAAUUUAAGUAAAGGAUGCUUUCGCCCAAAGCCGAUUGAUUGUAUGCUACUAUUUAUUAUAUUCUACAAUUUACUUCGUCUAAUAUCCAGCAUAAUCUUAAUCACCGAUAUCGCAACAGACCUGAUCUCACGUUCAUUCAUGUUUGAAUUCCCAUGGCAAUUUGGUUAUGGUGCAUUUGCCUUAUAUCUGGUUGGUAUUGCUCAAACACUGGCAGAUAGCCAUAAAGUCAUUGCAAACAGUUGGCUGCCAUCACCUAAAUUGGUCGAUCUCUUUGGAGGAACACUUUUCUUAGCUCCGUUUAUCCUCAACAAUAGCAUGUCUUUAGCAGCUGGUAUCAUGGCAGAAAGAGAUUUACGCUUAGCCGUCAUUUUCACAAGAUUACUCUAUGUAUUUUGGUUUAUUCACUGUACAAGCCUUGGUAUAGCUGUUCUCAUCUCUGGUCUGCGGUUGAUCCACAUCCUGGAAGAGCAUUUAAAGAAAAUCCGUAGCACAGGAGGUCCUCGUUACACGUCGAUCAAAACCGGCAUUUUCAAAAUACGAGUCGUCAUGGGCAUUAUCGUUGUUUGUGUCCUGAUGUUUGCAACUUUUCUAUUACUCUAUGGAAUUUUGAGAAACCUUAUUAUUGUCAACAAAGCCGGAUCCAUUGUGCUUGGAGCUAUAUGGAACUUUCUGGGCGCUGUUUCAACCCUUGGAGUGGUUAUUGCCGUUCUAAUUAAUCCUAAAAUAGAUGAAAAUGCUAAUCUUGGCUUGAAAUCUUCCAGUGCCGAAAAAUCCAACCCAACACCUUACUCUAAUUUUGCAUCACAAGAAUACUCUGCCACUGCUAGUGCCUUAAGCUCAAAUGGCCAAGGAGGCGUUAAUUCAGCCACAUUUGAUGAGCUCAGGAUGCAACAAAUGCAAUACCAGCAAGUGUUCCAGAAACACAAUAACCACGCUAUUCCACGAAUAGAUUCAAACAUGGAUCGCAAAAACAAUAUAUAUAUCCCAGAUAGUGUGCCUUCACUAGCAAUGUCAGAUAUAAAUGCACAAAAGUAUGAGUACUCCUUUGAAUAUAAUAGCCGCAGCAAAAACACUAAUAAUAAUAUAACAGACGAUGAUCAGAUAAUUGAUGAUGGAGAAACAUCGCAACUAGACCUAGUAGAGCAUGCAUCAAGAAACCAAAUGGGUACAUAUUAAGCAUCCGUCUUGUUUAUACUACAAACAUAUAUACAUAUAUACAACAUACAUAUGCAUGAUAAAUUUAUAACCAUAUUUUACGCUACAAUCAUAAUAUAAUUAUCAUGUAAAAAUACCG